CCAGGUCUUUUAUCGUUUGCCAUGCGGUCUUUGUUCUAUGUGUAAGUGAGCAGGUGUCUAUGAAUCGACGUUAAAUAGAACCUAUUGCAUAUGCCAGGAUUGAGGGAGCAUUGCAAGGUACUAUCUAGUGUAAACUUUGAUUGCUUGUAAUCUCUUGCAAGCUUUCUUACACGUGUACUAAAAACCGUUAUCCUGUGAUAACCUCUUUAUUAGGUUUGAAGCCUCUGUCAUGAAACUGAACUCUGAGUAGGCUUUUGACUGCCUUUCCCUGUGCCAAUUUGUAUCGUCGCCUUCCAGAUCACCGUCGCCGUCAUAGUCGUUGUCCUCAGCUAUCUCCAAAAUGCCUUCCUAGAGGAAGAAACGGAGGACCAGAUGUUUCGAUUGUUCGCGCACGUCAGCCUGACCCGUGACCCUGGCGCCACGAGAGACGAGGUCUGGGCUAAUCUGGCUCCGGACCCCGAGAUCGCCGAACUGGAAGAGCGGAGAGCGGAGCUUAAGCAGGGCCAGUAUCGCAUCGACGGUCAGGAGAACGAGGCAGGGAUCCGAGAGCUGGCAGCUACGAUUCGAUCGAAGCGGUCACAGGGCGAGAAGGAGAUCGUGAAGGAGUAACGCGAGAACUACUUCCAUCACCGCCCGACCUGGGACCUUGCGAAGCAGUUUAGGGGGGAGGAGCCAGGGGAGUACGCAGAGCUAGCUAUUGACCUGGUUAUCCCCGAGCGUGCACAACUGGCGGAGAUCUUCUGAGACCGCAAAGAUACCAUGUGACUGUGGGACAACUGUGGGGGCAGCUGUCGUUACAACUCCCUUCAUCACAGGGAGCAGCUACCGCAGAAUGUCAUCAGUUCAUGAGACACGACGCGGUGUUUGGCAUUCGUGGCUUCAGAAAAGCGCACAUUCCGUUUCGAGAAGUCUGCC